AUGUCUGCCCCUCAAAUCAAAUUUGCCGGCCAAUCGGUCGGUCGGAUCGGCUAUGGGCUGAUGCAGCUCACAUGGACGCCCGAGCCACCCGCGCAGGAGGACUCCUUCGCCGCCAUGAAGGCCGCUGCUGAUGCUGGCGCGACCGCGUGGUCCACUGCUGCGUUCUACGGCCCGCCCAACAACCCCAUGGCCAACUUGCACCUCAUCGCCGCUUUCUUCAAGAAGUACCCCGACUACAAGCAAAAGGUCGUCAUCGCGCUCAAGGGGUGCAUGCAGCCCAAUCUCUCGCCCAUCGCCGUCGGAGAGCUCAAGGAGAAGGCUCGAGCAGAGAUCAAGGCAUGUCAGGACAUCCUCGGCGACAAGACGAUCGACAUCUACCUUCCGGCUCGGAUCGACGCGGAGGCGCCCAUCGAGGAGACAAUGAAGGUGCUCAAGGAGUUGAAGGAGGAGGGGCUAUUCACCGAGGUCGGGCUGAGUGAGGUCAAGGGUCCAACACUCGAGCGGGCGUACAAGGUCUGCCGCGUCGCCGUGCUCGAGAUCGAAGUCUCCCUCUGGUCCUACGACUCUGACAUCAAAGCCGCCCUCUCCUCUGCGCAGUCACUCGGUGUCCCCGUCUUCGCCUACUCCCCUCUCGGACGCGGCUUCAUCACUCGCAAAUGGAGCAAGCCGGAGGACAUCCCCGAAGGGUCGUACCAGCGCAUGAGCCCCCGUUUCCAGGGCGACAACUUUUACCAGAACCUCAAGCUUGUGGAUCUGCUGGAUGAGGCCGCGCAGAAGAAGGGAGUGGAGACGAGCCAGCUGGCUUUGGGAUGGGUUGUCGGUCUUAACGAUGUGACCAUCCCCAUUCCGGGCUCGUCCAAGCCCGAUCGCGUCCGCCACAACACUGAGUCGGCUCAGCUCAAGCUCAGCGAUGAGGAGCUCAAGAAGAUCAACGAUAUACUCGCAUCCUUCGAGCCCGCGGGCGGUCGAUACCCUGAGCAGGCUGCCGCUCAUCUUAUGCAGUAA